AUGGCUGCGUGUUUGCCUCACACUCCUGAUCCAUGUCUCAUUCAGUCGUCCGACUGCCAAAGAGCAAGAAGGCCAGCCAAAGUUGUUUUCGUUUCUCUCGCAGGUGUGUUUGCCCUGCUUGCCACCCUAGCGAAGAACCGCUCCUGCGCAGGAAUUUCAAGGAGUACACAGAUCUUGUACUUCCUUGUUUUUGUGACGAGAUACUUGGAUCUGCUUGACAAGACUCAGGCGGUAUACCUGGUCUUCUUCAAGAUCACGUACAUUGUGACAUCCAUCAUUGUCCUUGCCAUCUUCUACAAGCUAGACGCCAGCUAUGAGCGCCGGAAGGACACCUGCAGUUUGGCAGUCAUUCUGGUGCCGGUGAGCAUCAGUGCCUUUCUUCUUGCUGAGACGUACCAGUUGGUGGACAUCCUGUGGACCUUCUCCCAAUUUUGCGAGGGAUUCGCCAUGGUCCCUCAGUACGUCUUCUGCUACAGAGAUAGACAAGCCAAGGAUCUUGGUGUGACCUUCUAUGUGCUUUCCAUGGGUGCCUACCGAUGCUUCUAUGCAGCGAACUGGAUCUACAAGAAGGUGCGCACGGUGGGCCGGGGCAGCUUCGGGGAAGCGCUGUUGGUGAGACACCGCGCCAGCGGCCAGCUCUCGGUGCUGAAAAGGGUGCGCCUGGAGGUGGUUGGAAGCAGCAGUGAUGCGGCAGCAGCUGCGGAGAGCGCUGCCAGGGAAGCGCAGGUUUUGCAGAAGCUGCACCAUCCCCAUAUAGUCCAGUUUUUGGGUGCCUUUGUGGAUAGCUCCCGGGACGCCUCCGGCGGCACCUUGUGCCUUCUGAUGGCCUUCUGCGAAGGCGGUGACCUUCAACAUCGCCUUCAGAGAGUGCGACAGGAAUGCAGGAGGCUACAAGAGCAGCCUGCGCUUCGGUGGUUUGAUGAGCUCUGCAGCGCACUGGCUUAUGUCCAUCAGCACCAAGUUUUACAUCGAGAUCUCAAACCCUCCAACAUUUUCCUUUGUGGACGAUGCAGCGGCAGUGCGCAUCACAUUAAUGAUGAGGAGUCCGUUUCCAUUGGCGACUUCGGGGUCAGCCGACCAUUGGCCCAUGCCAUGGAGUUGGUGACCACUAUGGUGGGCACCCCCUGCUACCUCAGCCCGGAGGUGUGCAAGGGCAGGCCGUACUCGUACAAAUCGGACAUUUGGUCAUUGGGUUGCGUCCUCUACGAAAUGAUGGCCUUGCGGCCACCCUUUGGCACAGCACCCAAUUUGGAGGCCUUGGUGAAUCGCAUUGUUCGGGCUGAUGUAAAUCUGCCGGAGAACAUGACCCACGAGUACCCGGAGGCUUCACGCUGCACGCGGGCGAUGCUUCGACAGCAGCCGGACCGGAGACCAAGCGCAACAUCACUGUUGAACCGGCCAAGACUUCAGCCGCCAAGCUACGACUUGCCUGGCAUGCAGUUGGAGCCUGUCAAGGCAUUUGAUCCACCUGGCCGUGAGUCAGCCAGGCCACAGCAGAUUGCAGAAGAGGUGGCGGCAGCAGCGGCAGCAGCCAACAAUGCAGUCAAAGCAGCUGCAUUUUCUCCACGCACCAAGGUUCGGGCCAAGGUGAAUCAAAUCCUGGACUCGGUGGAAGUCGCGCCUAAGGUCAUAGAGGAUGAAAUCGCAGCAAGGGCACAUCGCAAGGGCAUUGACCAUCGACCCGACGUGCGGCGAGCAAGCGGCACGCCUGGCACGCCAGCCUAUCCUCCAAGCUCCGCGCGGCAGGCUUCCCGCACGGAUCGGGCUGCGUCCCGAGAUGCCCAGCCGCUGUCAGCCAGACCCAAGGCGUACCAUCAUCAAGCGUGGCCACAGCCACUUCAGAGGUCGCCUCAGAAGCCUGUACAAGAUGAGGCUGCAGGCAAUGCCAGGAGCUGUUCGCUGACCCCUCGCUCCCCGCAGGUGGAGGACUCCAAGUUCAAGCACCGGCGUGAGGAGAGGAGUCGGCAAAGCCAGGCAUUUCGCCAGUGGCUGCGGGAGCAGCGAGCCAAGGGCAAGGAGAGCCCAGGCGCCAUGGGCGACUCUUCGCAAAGUCCAAUCCAGGAGGAGCCAUCACUGGGAGAGACGAGGGACUCCUUCAAUGUUCCUGUGUCCGAGACUCCUGAUAGCCCUGUGGAUGAGUCCCGGGAGACAACUUCGGCGCGCGGAAGUUGUUCGCGGUCUCCUGAAGCCAAAUCACCACCGCGGAAGCCACGGCUGUCCCAGCCGCGGCAGGAAUGGAGGAGCGUCCCGCGAGUAUGCUUGCUCUCGGGCGCAGCGUCGAUGCGCAGGACAGAGAUCUACUGCCCGGGAUUUCCUGUCAUAACUGUGGAAGACGACCCCGGGUCGACGACAGUCUCAUCGGGUCUAACAGCAGCAGCGCCCGAGCCGCCUGAGCCCGAGCCGGCCGAGCCGGCUGAGCCAGAAACGAGGAGAUCUUUGGAGCGGAUUCGCAAAGACCAAAUGGAGGCUGCUGAGACACCUGGGCCUGCAGAUGUUGGCGGCACUGCAGAUGCCACAGAGGUGCAUCGAGUCUGUGGCCCUGCCCAGGCCAGCCCGCGGCAGAGAGCCGACGGUAAAGACGAAAGAAAGGCGCAGCUCUGCUCAAGCAAGCUCGAGGUCGUGGAGGAUACAGGUUCAAAGAAUGUCAUCAGUCUCGAUGACUCCAAAAAGAGUGUGAGCAUCGGAGAUCGCAUUGAAGGCAUCCGUGCCUGUUUGGAGGCGAGAAUGGGGACUCAGCGCUUCCAGAAGUUGUACAAGAGCCUCACAAAAGAUGACUCUGCUGUCAACAGUUUGGCCGGCUCGCCGGUGUCAUGGCCAAGAGACUCCUCAAUGUUCCUUCCCGAAGACAUCGACGAGGCUUUCGUUGGAGCUGGGGAUGGAGGGUCAGACGACGUCAACUCCUUGGCGCCGUUGGUGGCUAAGCUGGUGGCCUGUGUGCAGAUGCCGCAUUACUCAGACAUGCAAUCCUGGCUGGGAGGAAUGAUCGAGAUCUUGUUUUUCGCCGACUACUUGCUGUCGUUCACGGGGCUUAGCCUUUUGCGCAGCAUGGUGCUGAAGGUGGACGAAAAGAUCAAUGAGCUCAAGGAGAAGGUGGAGAUGAAGGUUCUGGGCUCGUCCUCAAGCGUGGCGAGGGACUCUCAGGCAGCUGGUGCAGAGCUGCGACAGCGCCGAAAAGUGGACGAGGUUGAGGAAGACAUCGACAUUUGA